CUGGUCGUGAUUUGAUCUCGGUUGAUUAUUAUUUCAAAAGAGCAACAGCGACGUAGCAGAUCCAAUCCACCAUGGAAGACGAAAUAAAAACAAAUAAACAUCGUGAUCUUUUUAUUCUAUUUGGCACCAUUUCCCGCCUAUUUAAUUUUAUUUCUCAUCAAUUCACUUGUAAUUUUAUUAAAAAUGAGCAGCCUCUACUCAUCAGUCGAUUCAAAUUCACGCCUAGCGUCCACAGCAGCAGCGUCCGUCGCAGACCUAGCACUGAUACCGGCACCGGCACCUGUGUCUUCUUCAUCCUCAACCACCACUGCCACUAGCACGACCAAUCCGAGCGCACAGAAGCCCGUAGCAGGACUACCCGCACUAAAUUUAAACAAAACACUGGUCAGUCAACGAGAGCAACUGGAAAUAUACCGGCAACUUCUAGAGACACUAGCGGCAUCCGAGCAAGAGACAACAGUGCUAUUUCCUGUGCUAUCAAAAUCACUUGUAACACAUAUUGGCACUGUGAAUAAGCUUAAAGAUGAUCUGCAGGAUGUUUUUACCAGAAUAAGAGCGCUCAAGGCGCAUUUCCGUGGAGAGUAUCCGGAAGUCUUUGACUAUGUGCAGUCCUUGCACGUGGAUGAGCUAGAUGACGAAGAGGGCGAUAUGUAUUGAAUUGCUAAAAUAAUUUAUCAUUUGUAAAAAAAAUAUAAUAUACUUUUAUUUCAAUAAUGAGUCAGCCUCUUAUUGACUGCUACUGCGAAGAUGUA